AUGAGUGAGAAGUCCUCGCGCUCGGCUACCGGUACUCGUACUGGGAUACCAAGCAAAUGGUCUGAUGGUGGAGGAACCAACGUAUUUCGUUUUCCUCCCGCUGAUCAGAGUGCAUCUGCACAGUCAGAUUUUUCAGGCAGUGGGUUACCCGACUUUACCGGCAACAGCGAGGCUGCGCCCCUAGAGGUUUUUUCCUUCUAUGGGGCCCUGCACGUCUCCCCUGGUCCAGCUGAGCGUGCAGACAGUGUUGAGGGGCGGUCAUUGAGUUUAUCUCUCUGGAAUCUGAAACUGUUGUAUGUACCUGUACAUAUUCCUUCUGCAAGUCAUUGGGUAUUGGUUAAAAUUGAUGUAGAAAAGCAAGUCAUUGAUAUUUACAACUCCCUCUCAUCAAAGUAUUCUUAUGUGGAAGAUUCACUUAGAAAAUACAUAUCAGGAGAUUCUCAAAGUUCAGAUACGAUCAUGACACGUGAAAAGUCCAAAUGGAAAUACCAUUAUGUUAAGGGAUUACCAUGCCAAAAUAAUGACAGUGACUGUGGUGUGUUUGUUUUGAAGUAUUUGAAAUGCUGUUUGCUUGGUGAAGACAUAAACUUUCAGGCUGAAUCGUCUUCAUUGAGACAAGAACUGAAAAAUGAUUUGCUGCAGUGGAAAAUAGAACCUGAAGAAACAGUCCAUGAAAAGAUUCUUAUACCAGAGUCGGACAGUUUGAAAGAUGUCUCAGAUGAAGAUCAAAGUGAGAAAAUAAAUGCAAUCACAAAUGACGAGUAUGUAGACAUAUUGUCACACACGAAUAAAGUCAUUCAGUGUAAUUAUAGUAGGUGUGAUGAUCACCUAGACAGACAUAAAGUGUUUCUAAAGAAUUAUCAGAAACUUUACGGUGGGAGAAGAGCCCUUAUCAAAUAUGGAUAUGGCAUGAACCAUAUAUCCAUUCAGGCCUAUGAGGAAGUUCAAGAGCGUCUAAUGAAAGAGCACCUAGUGAAAAAGAGACUGGGCAAAAG